AUGACGCGCACCUUUACUCAUGAAGCAGAGUCGGAGGCCCACCAGAUUUUCCGUGCCUUUCCCGGCCAUGGCGACAAAAGCAAGAAGACAGAGCCUCACAUUGUGCCAGGAAUCGAGCACCCUGGCAGUACCGGUGUCAUCUACGUGAUGGACCGUGCGAUGGCAAACGGCUUCCAUUACUGCGCCAAGGACUGGUCCAACUUUGGCCAAGGCGCACCGGAGGUCGGGCAGAUCCCCGGUGCGUCCGCCAAACCGCUGACGAUCGACCUGGCCGCAAUGGGUGAGGGGGUGCACGAGUAUGCGCCGACGACGGGCGUGCCAGCGCUACGCGAAGCGGUCGCAAGGUACUACAACCAAACAUACAGGCAGGGAAAGAAGAGCCAGUACACGGCGGAAAACGUCUGCAUUGUCCCCGGCGGCCGUGCGGGACUCAGUCGUGUGGCGAGCAUCAUCGGUCAGGUCAUGUGUGGCUACCAGCUGCCGGAUUACACAGCGUACGAGAACCUGCUCGGCGUAUUCAAGUCUCUCGUUCCGAUCCCGACUCAGCUGAGCGAGGAGGACCACUACAAGCUGUCAAUCGACGACUUGCGCAAGGAGAUCCGCAACCGCGGCCUCUCCGCCGUUGUCCUCUCCAACCCGCGCAACCCGACCGGGCAGAGCAUCCAGGACGAGGAGCUGCAACAGUUGGUGCAGAUCGCCAAGUCGAUGAGGGUCUCGAUGAUCCUCGACGAAUUCUACUCGUGGUACGCUCACGAGGGGCCACUCGGAAAGGCCGUGUCCGCUGCCGAGUUUGUUGAGGAUUGCGAAAAUGAUCCUAUUAUUCUGAUUGACGGCCUGACCAAGAACUGGCGCUGCCCGGGCUGGCGCUGUUGCUGGGUGGUGGGGCCGACAGAUCUGGUGCGCGCACUGGCCGAAGCGGGAAGCUUCCUGGACGGCGGGGCGAACCACCCGCUGCAGCUGGCAGCGAUCCCGAUGCUGGACCCGGAGCGGUGCCUGCAGGACCGGAUCGCGCUGCAGAAGCACUUCCGCAUGAAGCGGGACCACGUGCUGAAGCGCCUGGAGGAGAUGGGCCUGCCGGUGCUGGUCAAGCCUCAGGCGACCUUCUACAUCUGGCUCAACGUCGGUAAGCUGCCGCACCCGCUGAACAGCGGGAUGGUGUUCUUCGAGGAGCUGCUCAAGGAGAAGGUGAUCGUCACGCCAGGCCUGUUCUUCGACCUGAACCCGAGCCACCGGCGCAACAUCAUCGACUCGCCGUGCGAGCCGUUCGUCCGCCUCAGCUUUGGCCCCCCGCUGGAGGAGCUCGACCGCGGACUCGACGGCAUUGCGCGCGUGCUGAACAAGGGGAGGGCCGCGAGCGCGCCGAUGGGUAGGGGGCCUGACGUACGCGAUCGCUGCACGCAGUGUGCGGGGUGCUGCGGGUCCAGCUCAGGCUCGGGCUGCUGCGCUGCCAGGGGAGAGUAUUCAUUUUGA